GGGAAGGGAGCACAAGGGGAAUCUCUGCGCCCUGGUCCAUCCCUCCUCCAAAUGAACUGUUCUCCCCCUGGAUCUAGCACAGACACAGAGCGACAGAGCAGCAGCAGCGGCACCCCGGUGGCCCCCCGCCCCACUCUCGCACCCACUCACCCCCUGCGCCAGGCUAAUCGGCUGCCCAUCAGGCUGCUCAAAAUGCUGACGGCACAUACCGGACAUUUGCUGCACCCGGAGUACCUGCAGCCCCUCUCCUCCACCCCGGUCAGCCCCAUAGAGCUGGAUGCCAAGAAAAGCCCACUAGCUCUGCUGGCACAGACCUGCUCACAGAUAGGGAAGCCGGAUCCCCCUCCGUCCUCUAAGCUGAAUUCUGUGACCUCCAGUGGACUGAGCGAAAAGGAGAGUGGGCGCAGCUCUUCUUUGAAACUGGGAGAGUCUCCUUUGGAGGAUAAGUCUAGCUUCAAGCCGUACUCGAAGGGUGGGGAGUCCAGGAAGGAAAGUGGAUCAUCUUCUGGCGGCGCUGCAGACAAGGCCGGAUUUAGGGUGCCCAGUGGUUCUUGCCAGCCUUUUCCUCAUGCCCCAUCUCCGUCCUCAAGGGUGAGCUCCCCUGGACAGCACUGUGAUUCUAAAAAUAAUGAGAGCCAGGAGAAGAAAGAGCCUGAGGCAAACAAAGCCAACUCUGAGACCUCUCAAGUCAACCCUACUCUGACAAGGGCCAGUACCAGUAACUCUAGUGCCGAGUCCAGCCAAAGCGGGGAUGUUACCCCUAUCAGCAAAGCUGACCCUCCGUCUCUUGGAUCAGGCCAUGUGGCCCCUGUUUCUCCCUACAAACCUGGACAUUCUGUCUUUCCUCUUCCACCAUCUGGCAUUGGAUAUCACGGAUCCAUCGUGGGGGCUUAUGCAGGAUACCCAUCCCAGUUUGUCCCUGGGCUGGAUCACACCAAAACAAGCCUUGUUGGAAACCAGCUGCCUGGAACUCUAGGUUUACCGGGUAAACCUCCCAGCUCCAGCCCUCUGACUGGUGCUUCGCCUCCUUCAUUCAUGCAAGGAUUGUGCAGGGACCCAUACUGCUUGAGCUACCACAAUGCUUCCCAUCUCGGCUCCAGCAGCUGUUCCACUUGUGUACAUGACCCAUCUGCCUUGAAAUCUGGAUACCCUUUAGUCUACCCCAGCCACCCUCUCCAUUCAGUGCACACCACCUUGUCUUCCAGUGUCACUCCGUCGCUGCCUGGUCACCCCUUAUACACUUACGGCUUUAUGCUACCAAAUGACCCAGUCCCCCACAUAUGCAACUGGGUGUCCGCCAGUGGACCUUGUGACAAAAGGUUUUCCACCUCAGAGGAACUUCUUGCUCACCUAAGGACCCACACAGCUUUGCCUGGAGCUGACAAACUUUUGGCUGGGUACCCUACAUCCACUUUGGGUUCUGCUGCUUCCUGCCACCUUCACCUUCCUCCCGCCGGGCCUGGAAGCCCUAACACAUUGCCAGGGUCUCUAUCUUUACGGAGUCCACAUUCUUUGGGACUAAGUAGGUACCAUCCAUAUGGAAAGGGUCACCUGACAACACCAAGUGGCCUGCCAUUGCCCUCAUUACCAGCAGGAUCCUACUACUCCCCAUACGCAUUAUAUGGACAGAGGCUAACAUCAGCUUCAGCGCUAGGAUACCAGUAAAUACAACUCCCAAACUCAUAGACUGUAUAUUUAUUUACUGUAUGUUAGCUUCAAGCUGGGAAUAUUAAGUGCAUUAUUUACAAGAACAAUUCAAUGGUAUGCAAAUAUUUUGUGUCCCCACUCCCCAUAAAAAAACCCUCUUUCAUUAUCAGUCUGUCUUCCACGACAACCUUAUUUUUCUUUCCUUUGUUUCCUCUUUAUUUUUUCUUUUUCCACUUUUUACUUUUACUAUUUCUUUUGUUUGCAUUAAACGUACUUCUUUUUUUUUUUUUUUUUUCAGUCCUACCAUUUCUUUUUCCCAUUUUGCGGGGGAGAAACAAAAUUACAAAAGAACUCAACCUCCUUUUUGAUUUGUACAGUUCUUUAAAAAAAAAAAAGUGUAUUUUUAUGUAAUGUAUUUUCGGCAUGGUGGGAGAGGGAGGGCGCAGCAGAGAAAGGAGGAAACAAAAAACACCUUUUUUUUUUUCUUUUUUUUUUGGUGGAUGUCCAAAAAAAUGGCGAAUCUUAUUUUGUUAAUAAAUGAAAACUAAACUA